CGUAAAGAUUAUAGAGACCUCCAAGAGUUUUUAAAAUAAGAGCUUGCCUCCCAGCGCAGUCCGUCUCGAGCCGACAGUCGCUCUCUGGCAGUGGAAGAGGAAAGAGGCAAAGUGCAAGGUGUGAACAUGAUGCGCGGCAAAGUGAUGGAAGUUUUGCACCAUCAACUUUUCCGAUUUUUUUCUGAUAUGGUGUCAAUGGACACUUAAGCCGCACGACCGAUUAGCUGAAACAAUUAGGGAGGAUGGGACGCAAAAUCAGUUAGAAAACCAUGCGCUGUUCAUAUAUUUGGAGAGAUGGCAUGCGUGCUCAUCUUCAGUCGAUUGCUCCCUUUCUCAAACCGGCUCAGAGGGACGUCCAUUUGCUUGGUUUCUCUGUUUCUUUCAUAUUUGUGCUACUGUGCACUCUUCCCAGACGAAACCGUCACGCACAUGGCAGGUGAUCCCACGAGCGCCUGCCGGGGAGCUGAUGGAGCUGAUGGAGCUGAUGGAGCUGAUGGAGCCAAGCGGCGGCUGCAGAGAUCCGCGUCCUGCCGGUCCCCGCUGGCCGCGACCAGGAGCAGCGCAGACGAGGCGGCUGCUGCGCCGAAAACUCACCAAACACGUCCUUCAACUCCGCACGUCGUCGGAAAUAACACGCCCAGUCCUCCCAUGAGCCAUUUAAAGUUUGGCAAUAAAAAGUUGCCAAAUGCCAUCAUAGUUGGAGUGAAGAAAGGAGGAACCAGGGCCGUCCUGGAGUUCAUCAGGAUCCACCCGGACGUGCGCGCCGCCGGCACCGAGACGCACUUCUUUGACAGGAAUUAUGACCGAGGUCUGGAGUGGUACAGAGGUUUAAUGCCAAGGACCCUUGAAAGCCAGAUCACGAUGGAGAAGACACCAAGCUACUUUGUGACUAAAGACACGCCACAUCGCAUCUCUGCCAUGUCCCAGGACACCAAGCUGAUCGUGGUGGUGCGUGACCCCGUCACUCGAGCCAUAUCCGAUUACACUCAGACUUUAUCCAAAAAUCCUGACCUUGCCACCUUCCAGGAGUUGGCCUUCAAAAACCAGAGUCUGGGAAUCGUGGACAUGUCCUGGAACGCCAUUCGGAUCGGCCUGUACGCCCUGCACCUUGAAAACUGGCUCCGCUACUUCCCCCUGGCUCAGAUCCACUUUGUGAGCGGGGAGCGUCUCAUCACGGACCCGGCAGGAGAGCUGGCGCGGGUGCAAGACUUCCUUGGGUUAAAGCGAAUCGUCACUGACAAACAUUUCUAUUUCAAUCGCACCAAGGGCUUCCCUUGUCUUAAAAAGCCCGAGAGCAGCGGCUCGCCUCGCUGCCUGGGCAAAUCUAAGGGGAGAACUCAUGUGCAGAUAGACAGAGAAGCUAUUGAGCAACUGCGAGACUUUUACAGACCGUAUAAUGUCAAGUUCUAUGAAAUGGUAGGACACGACUUUAAGUGGGAUUAAUGUUUAAAACAUGGCACAGAAAAGAUGUAUGUAUUCUAUAAAUGUUAUUUCAGAAAAGGUCUGCAGUGCAGCUCCAUGGUGAAACAGCAGAGGUAAUUUUAUUCUUAAAGAGACUCUAACAGAGAGAGAACUUGCACUUAGUUAAUCUAUUAAUAAUUAAGUCCGUUACCGGCAUCUGUGUCGCUUUGGUUUCUUGAUAUCGUGUCAGCUCGGCAUCAUACAACGGAGUAUUAGGGCCAAACUAAGACAAAAAAAAUUGGAAAUUACGAGAAUAAAGUCAUAAUAUAAUGAGAAUAAAGUCGUAAAAUUACGAGAAUAAAGUCGUAAUGUUGCGAGAAUAAAGUCGUAAUAGAAUAAAGUCGUAAUAUUAUGAGAAUAAAGUCGUAAUAUUACGAGAAUAAAGUCGUAAAAUUAUGAGAAUAAAGUCGUAAAAUUACGAGAAUAAAGUCGUAACAUUACGAGAAUAAAGUCGUAAUAUUAUGAGAAUAUAAUUUAUGAGAACUCUAACAGGAAGAGCUUCUUCUCCCUGUGUUAAAAUGAGGAAUAUUGAGCAUCUUGUGAAGUUAUAUUUAUAUAUUUAUAAUAUAUUACGACUUUAUUCUCGUAAUAUUAUGACUUUA